UCCCGAGUUAGUCAAGUGACGUUCUCCUUCGGCCUCCAGCCCGUAGAACGGUUCUGCCUCUUGACUCCGCCUUCGCUCGCUCGAGGCUUAGAGAGGGAGGGGACGGAGCGGAGGAGGGGAGGGGCUUUGCCGUGUCGCGCGCCGCAGAGUGGGGUACGCGAGCCCCCCUCCUCGCGCCUCAGUGGGGGGGAUCUUCAACCGCCGCCCUCACCAUGAUUAAAGCGAUCCUCAUUUUCAACAACCAUGGGAAGCCGCGCCUUUCCAAAUUCUACCAGCGCUAUAGUGAAGAUAUACAACAACAGAUUAUCAGAGAAACAUUCCACUUAGUAUCAAAACGUGAUGAAAAUGUUUGUAAUUUCUUAGAAGGAGGCUUAUUAAUAGGUGGAUCUGACAACAAAUUGAUAUAUCGCCAUUAUGCUACAUUGUACUUUGUUUUCUGCGUUGAUUCUUCAGAAAGUGAACUUGGGAUUCUAGAUCUAAUACAAGUUUUUGUAGAAACUUUAGACAAGUGUUUUGAGAAUGUCUGUGAACUGGAUUUAAUUUUCCAUGUGGAUAAGGUUCAUAAUAUCCUGGCUGAAAUGGUGAUGGGUGGAAUGGUUUUGGAGACCAACAUGAAUGAAAUAGUCACCCAAAUUGAUGCUCAAAAUAAACUGGAAAAAUCUGAGGCUGGUUUAGCAGGAGCCCCAGCCCGGGCUGUGUCAGCUGUAAAGAAUAUGAAUCUUCCUGAGAUCCCAAGAAAUAUUAAUAUUGGUGACAUCAGUAUAAAAGUGCCAAACUUGCCCUCUUUUAAAUAAUUUGUGCACUCCAGGUAAAAAAUGAAAAAUUACUAGCUGCUCACAAAUGUUUACCAAACCAAUGUUUUGUUAAUUGAAUAAAAGAUCAGCAUACUCCAUAGAAAUCUUCUGCAGUAAAACUGUGAAAUUGUGUUUUGCUUAGUAAAUUUAAAAGAAGUGGUUCUUUUGUGAAUUCUAAAUAAUAUUUCAAUGUCCUUUUAAAGUAUAUCAAAUGUAAAAUAUAUAAUUUUCUGGAAAAGAAUUCCGAAUAUUUAUUUACUUUGUAUAACCUCUUUUUGUAUAGAGUUUAGUCUUAAACUCUAUACUGUAACUAGUACAACAAUCCUAAUCAUAUUUCUUCGUCUGAUGUGUUGCAUGACAACAUUCAACUGUUGUAUUUUCUUUUGCUUUUUGAAUAAAUUAUCAUGAAUUGUA